AUGGGCCAGAAUUUCAAGAUCCUUAGCUGUCGACCUUGUCGCGAACGAAAAGUCAGGUGCGAUCGGUCCAGCCCCUGCAGAAGCUGUGUCAGACACAAUUGCGUUGAUCAGUGUCAGACUUACCAGAAACCUCAGGUCUCAGCCACCAACAAGUUACCUCUCCCAAGACAAGACAGGCGUUCACCCAGGGAUGAACUGCGGCUGGUUGGAUAUCCUAAUACCUCACAGACGAAUCCUUCUCUGGUCUGUACUGCAGAUGCUAGAAAUGAAGACGACUAUUGCACUAGUGUCAAUCCGUCACCUCACCUUCAACCUGUGACUCACGCACAGAUAAGAUGGCCCGAUCAUUCACUAAGUAGCCCUGAAGCUCUGCAUAUGCACCGCAUUCUUGAAGAGCUGAAAACAGGUCGCCACAUUAUAACGGCCCCCUCUGUGUCAUCUUUGUUUGGAGCUGGGAGUCGACUGGCCCCAAACGAGAGGAUCGAAUGGCAAAUAUACCUAGUCGGCUCACUUCCACUGCGAUCACAGUGCGAUCUCUAUGUAUCUUGGUUCUUGGAACACAUUAACUACCUUUACCAGACGAUUCACAGUUCAUCCUUUCGACAACAAUACUCCUCUUUCUGGACGACGCCAGUCGCAUCUGCCGACUUGGUUUGGCUGUCACUUCUUUAUGUUAUGAUAAGCCUAAGCACCAUGUUCAUUGAACCAGAGACCUUUAACGCGAUUGACGUCGCAGAACUCAGGGAGAGCGCACCAUAUUGGUUUAAGCUAUCACGGCUAGCCCUUCAUGCGGGAGAGUACGAGGCGCGACCAUGCCUCACGCAGCUGAUGGUUUUCCAAGAAUCACAACUGUACUGGUAUGCUACUAAAGCUAUCGAAACACUCAACUCGUGUCUUGGCCAAGCCAUCAGAUGUGCUCAAGCACUAGGCCUAGAUAAGGAUCGAGCGCCAUCUUCGGACCUUGAAUCAGAGCUGCGACAUCGUAUCUGGUGGGACCUUUGUUCGAAUGAUACUUUCCAAUCUCUAUGCCUAGAUCGGCAGCCUUUGGUCCAGUCUCAUCUAUCAGAAGUGCCAUUCCCCCAAAACUGCGACGAUUGCGAUCUUACAGCUACCUCUAUACUUGUGAGACCCAUUGAACAGCCCACCGUCAUGUCACAGCACGUGUUCCGAGCAAAAGUAUUCAAAGUUCUCAACAGGCUAUACGCGAAUAACGGAAGCGAUAUAACAGACUAUGACGCUGUCUCAGCUGUCGACCAAGAAGUCACUACUAUCGUAAACCAAUAUCCCUGGUAUCUUCUCAGACAGGCGGACUCUGGAUCAUCGCCUUUCAUUAGCACCUCCCUUCCUCCGUCCUUUGAUUACCUUCAAUGGCAACAGCAUGUCGUGCAUACGUCAAUCUGCAUCCAACGAAUCAGAAUGUAUCGGCCUUUUCUGCGCACGCAUUUCGAGUCUUGCUGGUCAAAGUGUGUUGCUGCGACUGAGGAUGCUUUUGCCGUUUAUCAUGACAUCCGUUCGUCCGAUCCCGAGAGAUUUCGCAGGUCGUCCAAGAAAAUCGUUCAGAGCUAUCAAAUAUUCUGCGCAGCGAUCUCGAUUGCAGUCUUUUUAGUUGUGGAGCGCCCGAUACUUCCAUCAAAAAUUCUAAGUGAUAUUGAACUGGUGAUGCACGAUCUGAAGGAGCUGGCCGAAGACAAGAAUUCAAUACCCAUUGCUAUACAUGGGAGAAGAAGUCUGAUUAAAAUCCUCGACGCAUACCAGGGCUACUCCCGAGAUGCUAGAAACAGAGUCAACAUGGGCGAAGCACCGACAGACGGUGUUGAGACUCUCCAUAGCCUAGUGCCCGAAAUCUACACAGUGAUGGGAGGCCCGUCGUCGACGAAGAAAUAUCUUGAGAGCAGCAGCGUUCCUCGCUCUAGAAACACUGAAAAGGCCGCAGCGCGAAACCAAAAUCCGAGUUCCUCCUUACUAACGCCAUCUGCAUCAACAGCGGCCGCUUCACUUCAAUCACCUUUAGAGUCUAUGUCAAGCGUCGCCUUCAAUAAUUCCAAUGAUGCGUUCGGCACUGAUCCGAUGACGGGUCUAAAUCUUGGACUGCAUUUCGAUGUGCUCGGUUGGGACCUAGAUGACUCUUCAUUCCUGGAUACUGGUCUGUCCUGA